AUCUUAAACAAAUAUGUUUCACCGACAUGAUUAUAUUACAUAAAAGAAUAAAACAUGAGAAGCACUUGUAGUUAAAUACAUUCUUGGUAUUUUAAUGUGAAAAUUUAUAAUCCCCUUUGUGCCUCGCACGUUAGUUGUUAUUAGAGGUCUAUUCAGAUUAUUAUAUUUUUCUAUGUAUUUAUAUCGACUAUCCAACAUCUACAAACCAAACAUAACUAACGAGAAACUUCAAAAGAAAAUUAGAAAAACAUAAAAGAGGGACGGAGAAAAUGUCCUCCCCGUACGGCAAAGUCGACGAGCAUGAACACGUAAGGCUCCAAGCUCGUCGUAAGACGAGAAAGAACAUCGCAAUAAUCGCUGUAUCACUCGUCAUUCUCGCCGGAAUCGUGAUCGGAGCCGUGUUUGGAACCAUGGCUCACAAGAAGUCAUCAGAGACAGUGGAGACUAAUAACAACGGAGACUCAAUCUCCGUUUCCGUUAAAGCCGUUUGCGACGUUACGUUGCAUAAAGACAAAUGCUUCGAAACCCUCGGAUCAGCUCCAAACGCAAGCAGUCUUAAUCCAGAAGAGCUCUUCAAAUACGCAGUCAAAAUCACAAUCACCGAAGUUUCAAAAGCUCUCAACGCUUUCUCCUCAUCCUUAGGCGAUGAAAAGAACAACAUCACCAUGAACGCUUGCGCUGAGCUUCUUGACCUAACGAUAGAUAACCUCAACAACACGUUAACGUCAUCAGCAAACGGUGGUGUCACGGUUCCUGAGCUAGUUGAUGACCUACGUACAUGGCUGAGCUCAGCCGAGACGUAUCAAGAAACGUGCGUGGAAACGUUGGCUCCAGAUAUGAAGCCGUUCGGAGAAAGUCAUCUCAAGAACUCAACGGAGCUGACGAGUAACGCACUAGCGAUCAUCACAUGGCUCGGAAAGAUCGCUGACUCGUUCAAACUCCGGAGGCGUUUGUUGACUACGGUUGACGUGGAGGUGGACGUCCAUGCGGGCAGGAGAUUGUUGCAGAGCACGGAUUUGAGGAAAGUGGCGGAUAUUGUGGUGGCUAAGGAUGGUUCGGGGAAGUAUAGAACGAUAAGUAGGGCUUUAGAGGAUGUGCCUGAGAAGAGUGAGAAGAGGACGAUUAUAUAUGUGAAGAAAGGAGUUUAUUUUGAGAAUGUGAAGGUGGAGAAAAAGAUGUGGAAUGUUGUGGUGGUCGGAGAUGGAGAGAGCAAGAGUAUUGUCUCUGGCAGACUUAAUGUCAUCGAUGGAACUCCCACUUUUAAGACUGCCACAUUCGCUGUGUUCGGAAAAGGGUUUAUGGCAAGAGACAUGGGCUUCAUCAACACAGCUGGUCCAUCCAAACACCAAGCCGUAGCGCUAAUGGUAAGCGCGGAUCUCGCCGCCUUUUACCGUUGUACAAUGAACGCAUACCAAGACACGCUUUACGUGCACGCUCAACGCCAAUUCUACCGUGACUGCACCAUUAUGGGAACAGUCGAUUUCAUCUUCGGUAACUCAGCUUCAGUUCUCCAAAACUGCCGGAUUCUCCCUCGCCGACCAAUGAAAGGACAACAAAACACAAUCACGGCUCAAGGACGUACUGAUCCGAACAUGAACACAGGAAUCUCAAUUCACCGUUGUAACAUCUCUCCGCUCGGUGACCUAACCGAUGUUAAGACGUUUUUAGGUCGACCAUGGAAGAAUUUCUCGACGACAGUGAUAAUGGACUCGUAUUUGCAUGGGUUUGUUGACCGGAAAGGUUGGUUACCGUGGACCGGAGAUUCGGCGCCGGAUACUAUAUUUUACGGUGAGUAUAAGAAUACCGGCGCUGGUGCGUCGACAAAGAAUAGAGUUAAGUGGAAGGGAUUGAGGUUUCUUUAUACGAAGGAAGCGAAUAGGUUUACGGUGAAACCUUUCAUCGACGGAGGACGAUGGCUUCCGGCCACGAAAGUGCCGUACAGGUCCGGUCUCUGAGUUUGUCUUUUCCGUCAACGAGAUUUCCAAUUCAAAUCUCUUUUCUUUUUGGAUAUUUGUAAUUUAUAAGUAUACAAUUUUUUCAUUAUGUGAGAGUUUUCGGUGUUACUCUUAUUCUUUUGUAUCAUUGUUUGAUUAUUGAUUACACUGUAUUAAAACAAUAAGUAGAAACAUAUUUUCGUAGUAGUGUCUAUUAGUCCAGAUUUUUUAAAAGCUAUAAUCAAUUUAAUUUCAUGUAUUUUUAUGUUAGCUAUUUUACAUGUUUUAAGUGGCAUAAAACUUGGCUUUUUGCAAAAUUUGAUAUAUAUGUAGAUUUUGGUGUACAAAUUAUUAACUAUCCGAAACAAUAAAUAAGCAAGACAUGAUGUACGGCUUUAGCUAAUUUAUUUCAACCGACGAUAUUGUAUGUGUAUAGAAAACGUAACACCGCAAAUCUAUAGAUCCCAACAACUAGAAAAGAUAGUAACAAAAAAAAAA